AUGCCCACGUGCGAGGCACGAAACAUUACUCUCUACUGUCUGUCGUGGCCUUUCCUGCUGAGCUCGCUCCUCGCAUCUUCCAGUGGCGCAGGCGCCGCGGAGCGCGGGGGCGCCUGGAAGAAAAUGUCGGGACCUUCCCCGCUGGACCCCUACGCCGCGCUCGAGCUCAAACCCGGCGCGAGCGACGAGGAGGUCAAGGCCGCCUUUCGCAGGCUGGCGCACGUCUACCACCCCGACAAGGCGAGCAGCGCCGCGGGAAGAGCCGAGGCGAGGUUCAACUUCAACCGCAUCACGGCCGCCAGGAACAGGCUGCUCGGGGACGGAGGGCCCGGGGGUCAGACCAGGGGAUGGACCGCGCACAACACGGGCAUGAGCGCGGCCCACAUGGGCAACGCGAGGCGCGCGGGGAGGAUCAGCAACGCCGCGUUCGCGGCGGUCCUCGCGCUGCCCCUGUGCCUCAUCGGCGUCGUGAGCAACUGGGCGUUCCCGUCGGAGCAGUCGAGGCUCGUCGCUGGGACGGGCGCGGGGGGCGGGGAGGGGCACAUGGGCAGGGUGAACGGCUUCUUGGAGCCGCCGGUUAAUCCGUGGCUGCGGGACGACGUGGUGGAGGAGGGAAGGAGGCGGGGGAUGCACAGGAAAUCCGUGUACGAGCGGGUGGGCGCGAGGGUGUUCUCGCUCGCCGGCGGCGGCAAGGAGAGCGCCGCCGCCGACGCGACGCGGGGAGGGUAG